UUUUAUUUUACCAUUUUCGCACUUCUCGCUCAGAAGAUAGAUCUCCAAAUGUUCGAAAUUUUGAUAAAAUCCCCAAACGAAGCCGCUCAAAUCGAAAGUGUUUGAUUAUUUGAAAGUAUGGAGAUAGAUUCGGCUCCGAUGAGUCGUUGCUCCAAAGAACACCAGAAGAUCUAUCAGGAAUGGUUUAAUUAUGCUGAUUCAGAUAGCGAUGGACGACUUACUGGAGGAGAUGCCACCAAAUUUUUUGCCAUGGCCAACUUGCCUCGACCAGAUCUCAAGCAGGUGUGGGCGAUUGCAGACUCAAAACGACAAGGCUUUCUUGGUUUUAAAGAGUUCAUCACUGCAAUGCAGUUAGUAUCUUUGGCACAAGCUGGGCAUCCACCAACUAAUGAUCUCUUAAGUGCUGAAGUUGACUUUGAAAAUUUGAAACCUCCAGUCAUGGAGGGUUUGGAUGUAUUGCUAGCUAAGAAAAAGCAAACUGCGAAAACAAGUGAUCCCGAAUUGAAUGGUAGUUCUCCAGUGCAAACUUCUCCGUCAGCUCAUUGGUUUACAUCUUCAAAAUCUGCCAAGAAGGUAUCUUUAACUUCUGUUACGUCAAUCGUCGAUGGUUUGAAAAAGUUGUAUAUUCAGAAGCUGAAGCCAUUAGAAGUUACAUAUCGUUUCAAUGAUUUUGUAUCCCCCUUAUUGACAAAUAGUGAUUUCGAUGCCAAGCCGAUGGUGAUGCUUUUAGGUCAAUAUUCCACUGGUAAAACAACAUUCAUCAAGCAUUUGCUUAGAAGUAGUUAUCCAGGUGCUCACAUUGGACCCGAGCCAACAACAGAUAGAUUUGUUGUUGUUAUGAAUGGACCUGAUGAAAGGAGUAUCCCAGGGAACACGAUCGCAGUUCAAGCAGACAUGCCUUAUAGCGGCUUGACAACUUUCGGAACAGCAUUUUUAUCGAAAUUUGAAUGCUCUCAAAUGCCACAUCCUCUGUUGGAGCACAUUACUUUUGUGGAUACUCCUGGAGUUUUAUCAGGAGAAAAGCAACGAACACAACGAAGCUAUGAUUUUACUGGUGUGACUUCGUGGUUUGCUGCGAAGUGUGACCUCAUUCUAUUACUGUUUGAUCCUCACAAACUCGACAUCAGCGAUGAAUUUAAACGGGUUAUUUCAUCUUUACGAGGUCACGAUGACAAGAUACGAGUGGUUUUGAACAAGGCUGAUCAAGUUGAUACGCAGCAACUGAUGAGGGUAUAUGGAGCAUUAAUGUGGUCCCUUGGGAAGGUUCUAAAUACGCCUGAAGUUAUGCGUGUUUAUAUUGGCUCAUUCAACGAAAAACCUAUAAACGAGGCUGCUGCGGGUCCAAUUGGGAAAGUGCUUUUCGAGAAAGAACAAGAUGAUCUUCUUACCGAUUUAAAAGACAUACCGAAGAAAGCUUGUGAUCGUCGAAUCAAUGAAUUUGUGAAACGUGCUAGGGCUGCUAAGAUUCAUUCUUAUAUCAUUAGCCAUCUUAAAAAGGAGAUGCCUGCAAUGAUGGGCAAAGCAAAGACUCAGCAGAGACUUAUUGAUAAUCUUGUAGAUGAAUUUGGAAAGGUUCAAAGGGAGCACCAUUUACCAGUUGGUGAUUUUCCAAAUGUUGAACAUUUUAAAGAGGUCUUGAGUGGUUACAACAUAGAUAAGUUUGAGAAGUUGAAGCCUAAAAUGAUACAAUCUGUUGAUGACAUGCUUGGUUAUGACAUCCCGGAGCUUCUCAAGAGUUUCCGAAAUCCCUAUGACUAGAAACAAGCUUUUUGGUAGAGAGAUUUGGACAGCGGUAAGAUCGGUGGUAAUGGUGCAGUCUUGCUCAGAUGUCACUGCAAUAUAUGUAUUUAAUUUUUAUAAAUAAAUUUUGAGCUUUCCUUGAUUUGAUUUUGGCAUUAAGAUCUGAACAAUUAUUUAUAUCUUCCAAUGUCGUAUGUUGGAAAUCAUGGCCAUUAGUAAUAUCUCUGUAUACUGCCUACUCUCAAUUUUAUUUAUUUUUAGAUGUUUCGAUUAUUUGUAAGGGUGUCAAUUGAAUUGUGUCGUGUCAUUUUCGAUCGUUUAAUUUUUGUGUU